UGUAAUAACAGUUUAUUUGUUGAACUUUUUUUCCCCUUCCCUCCUUUUGUCCUUUCCUUCUCAUCUCACAAGGGCACGUACCUUCAUUUCCAAGAGGCUUGCAUUUCUCAUGCAAAGAAAGAUAAAGGAAUCGCAAAUGGGGAGGAAAGGAGGUUGGUUUUCUUCGGUGAAGAAAAUUUUCAUUUCUGAUUCUAAAAAAGAUCAGAAACAACAUCAUAAGUCAAAGUUAGGAUGUUUUGGGCAUCAUCAACAUUUUGAGGAUGGUGAAUGGGCAUGUGGAGGAGGAGCACCAAUUAGUGUUGUUUCUCAUGUUCCAUCUCUUCCUCCAAGAAAAGAUGUUAAACCAAAUAUUCAUGAGGCAGAUAAUGAUCAACAAAGCAAACAAGCUUUUUCAUUGGCUUUAGCAACCGCUGUUGCUGCCGGAGCCGCCGUUGCUGCUUCUCAGGCUGCUCGCACAAGUUCUCCUCGUCGUUACCCUGGUAAAACAAAUCAAGAAAUUGCUGCUAUCAAGAUUCAAAUCGCUUUCCGUGGAUACUUGGCAAGGAGGACAUUGCGUGGAUUGAGAGGUUUGGCAAGGUUGAAAGCAUUGGUAAAAGGACAAUCUGUUCAAAGACAAGCAGCUACCACAUUACAAUGCAUGCAAACUCUUUCAAGAUUGCAGUCACAAGUUAGUGCAAGGAAGAUCAGAUUGUCUGAGGAGAAUCAAUCUUUUCAACGACAACUUCAGAGGAAACGUGAAAAGGAACUUGAUAAAUUACAAGCUGCUCCUAAUGGAGAAAAAUGGGAUUAUAGUUCACAAUCAAAGGAGCAAAUCCAAGCAAAAUUGUUGAACAGACAAAUUGCUGCUAUGAGAAGAGAAAAGGCUUUGGCCUAUGCAUCAACACAUCAGCAAACAUGGAAGAACCCAAAAUCAGCAAAUGCAACAUUUAUGGAUCCAAACAAUCCUCAUUGGGGCUGGAAUUGGCUUGACAGAUGGAUGGCUUCAAGGCCAUGGGAAGGACAAAACGCAAAAGAUCAAAAGAAUCAUAAAUCAGCAAAAGGUGCUGCAAGCCAUACCAUGUCAGUUGGUGAAAUCUCCAAAUUGUAUGCUCUAAGAGAUCAAAAUCAAAAUGGUAACAAAAUUCCAUCUCCACACCAAAAACCAAGUAUUCCAAAUCUAGCUUCAAAGGCCACACCUACAACACCUACAAAAGCUAAAUCAAAAACAUCUUCAAGUCCAAGAAGAGGUGGUUCUUGGGGUGGUGAUAUUGAUAUAAAUACCACAUUCAACAAAAGCUCCGGAAACAAUCGACGACAUAGCAUUGCGGUGUCUCCGGUGAAAGAAGAUGAAAGCCUUGCAAAGUCACCUUCACACACAAAGGCUUCAAAUUCCAAAUCCAAAAUCCAAAGUUCAUCAUUUGGCAUGCAGAAGAAAGGAGUUGUUGCUUCUACAAAAAAGCAACUUUCUCUUCCAGCUUCUCCAUCUGGUUUAAGAAGGUAUUCUAUGGGAAUGAGUUCUUCUAAUAAGAAUAUUGCUACUGUCCCUCAAGAGAAAGUGAAAGUGAAAAAUGGAGGGAGCAGGUAGAUAUCACAUUAAUUGGUGUAUAAUUAAGUUUUAUAUAUAUAUAGAAUAGAAUAUUAUGGAUGAAGAAGAAUCAAUGAAAUUGAAAGGUGCUGAUAA